UAUUCCUCGUGCCUCUAUUUCAUUUCAAAACAACCCUUCUUUCUUAUACUAUAAAAAAAUACAAAAACAACCUCAUUCUUCAAACCACAUUUCAUUCUCUUUCUCAAUGUCGACUUCAUCGGAGAAAUCCACGUUUUCUCAAACAUGCAACCUCCUCAGCCGAUACAUCAAGGACAAGGGUAAUUCCGGUACCCUAACAAAUGUUGUCGCGUCUUCAAACAAUCUCACAACUAAGGAUUUCUUAACUCCAAUGUCUAUGGUUAAGGAACCGGAAGCUAAAGCGUCACAACUGACAAUGUUUUAUAAUGGACAAGUUAUUGUUUUGGAUGAUUUUCCGGCUGAGAAAGUGGAAGAGUUAAAGGCAUAUGCUCAGACAGAGUCUUUGGUUACUCCGAUUCCUCAACUCCCUUGUGGAACGAUUGUUGUUGAUAUGCCAAUUGCUAGAAAAGCUUCGCUUCUUAGAUUCAUGGAGAAGAGAAAAAACAGAGUUGCUGCCAAAUCACCAUACUAUAAAACGAUUAAAACCGUUUCUGAUCCAGUCAAGUCUUCUGAAUCCAUUCCUUGGCUUGUGUUAGGAGCUAAAUCGACGUGAAUUUCAGAGAGUUUUUAACAUUUUUUUGAUGGAUCUUUCAGAUCUAACUUAGUUUAAUUAGCUGAGAAGUUUGAUUAUGAUUUUGAAUAUUUUCUGUAAUUAGUUUUUUUUUUUUAACUUUGUGGAUUCAUUUUUCUUA